GAGGUCAAGUAUGUGGGAGAGCAUCUUCAGUGUCAUGUGCAUAAGCCGGUUUGUUACAAAUACAAUCAUAGCACUUGUCAUUUUCAAUUUCCUCAUGACUACAUUUCCAUCUCUUUCUAUGAUCCCGAAUCGAAGUCAAUUGUUCCGGCAUGUCACGAUGUUUGGGUCAACUAUCAUAAUAGGUUGAUUCUUGUGUUUGGUCGCUUCAAUCAUGAUUUGAGGUUUGUAUUGUCAGGAAAGUCAUGUAAAUCCGCCAUGUUUUAUAUCACAGAUUAUAUAACAAAAAUGAGCGUUAAAAUGUACGAGCUGUUGACUUUAUUA